AUGCCGCUAUUUAUUUUUAAUCCGUUCCGUACGUCGACCGAGUGGCCAGUCGAAGCACGACGAUCCCGUAUCGCCCAAGCUUUUCGCCGCCUGUUGGUAUUCCGGAGCUUGGACUGGAAUGGCGCUGUGAAGAUUAAUAGCGAGCAACUAAAUCAUUUAGGCUUCGCGGAUGAAAUAUUUCUCAUUGCCAACAGCAAUCACGACGUAAGUGAAGUGCGGCUGGGGCUUAACGCAAAUAAGUCCGAAAAUUAA